AUGAACUCAGUAAGCAUACAAGUACGAAGACUAAAUGCCAAGUUAAACAUCAGUGUCACAGAGCGGUUGAUGAAGGACUGGACCUCACCAAUUUAUGCAUUUUUCGAUCCUACUCCAACAAUCAAGACAAAGGGAGAUCAACGUGCACAUAGUUUCAAAUGCAUGGCGAAGGGAUGCCAAGUCAAGAUUCGGCGCUUCCUCGACAAGAAAGACGCCCGCUCCACCGGCAAUAUGUGCAAGCACAUCAGGAUUUGCUGGGGGGAUGAAGUACUGCAGGCAGCAGAUGAAGCGAGGAAUGCCGAAGAAGCGCAUAUGAAGAUAGUUGGGAACUUCCUGCGAAAUGGUUCAAUUACUACUGUGUUUGAACGCAAAGGUCAAGGCAAAGUGACUUACUCACAUUGCCAGCAUACACAGACCGAGACAAAAGCCGAGAUUGUACAUUGGGUCAGCGAAAAUCUGCGGCCAUUCAAGAUUGUUAAGGACCGGGGCUUUCAGUCAUUAAUGAAAACUGGAAGACCGGAAUACUACAUACCAUCUCCCUCCACAGUCUCGUGGGAUACCAGACUCGUCUUCGCCAAAACAAGGCAACAAAUAGCUAAAAUGUCAAGAGAAUAUGAUGGAAAACUCAACUUUUCAACUGACGGCUGGACGUCUCCGAACCACUGUGCAUAUGUUGCAUUGUUGAUGCAUCUGGAACAUAAGGGUAUCCCACUAUGCAUCCCAUUAGACAUUGUGGAGGUCCCAAAAGUGCGUGUACUCACUGUACAAAGUUUAAUGACUGGUCUGACCAACCAUGACUAG